GAGCAACGCAGCACCAUUAUUGCGGAAGCACGAUCGCGCCAAUUAGACAUGGCGAGAAAGCGGACCUGAACUGAUUUAAAGGUCUCUGGGUUGCUACAAGACGCCUACACUUGCGUUGAAAGCUUCACGACGAACCAAGCCACGAUACAAUAAGAUGGCGUCAGCAAAUGGAAACGCUAGACAGAAAGGCACUUCGCCCUCAGACCUGCCCAUUGUUAUAGCAGGUGGUGGUUGCGUCGGACUCUUCCUGGCUCUGCUUCUCACACAGUCCAGCAUACCAAAUCGCAUCCUUGUAAUCGAGCCCGAGCACCCCGACCCUGCCUCCACGCGUGCAAUGGCCCACCAGCCCCUCAUCUUCCCACUCUUCUCCCGCGCCGGCCUCAUGCCCGAACUCUCCCGCGAGGGCAGCUUUUCCUCGGGCAUCUGCUUCCGCACGAGCGCCAAAAAAGGAUCCAAGCUCAUCGCAGGGAAGAAGUUCAAAGAAGGCGACAAAUCGCAAUUACUCCUCCCGCAGGGCAAAUUCCAGGAGAUCCUCAUGCGCAAGAUGGAGGAGACGGGAAAAUCCGAAGUGCGCCUGGGGUCGCGCGUCGUCGGGCUCGAGCAGCGAGACAGCAGCGUGGAAGUCCACGUGCAAGACUCAACCGGCAAGGAGGGCACGAUAAUAGCUGCAUACCUCGUUGGCGCAGACGGGUCGAAGUCGACGGUGCGGCGGAAGCUGGGGCUGACUUUCGACGGCGAGACGCUACCCGCCCAGCUCGUCGCGACGGACAUAAAAUACGACUUCCACGCCCACGGCUUCUACGAUGCGAAUUUCGUGAUUGAUCCUGAGAACUACGGGCUCAUUGGGCGCAUCACGACGGAAGGGCUGUGGCGCGUUAGCUAUGGUGUUCCGAAUGAGAUUGAAGAAGAGGAAGUGCGGCGGGGCGCGGAGGAUAAGAUCCGCGCGAUGCUGCCAGACGGGGGGACGAGCGGGUUCGAGAUCAAGAGGGUGGCGCCGUAUAAAGCGCAGCAGCUGUGCGUGGAGAGGUUCUGGAUGGGGAGAGUUGGGCUGUGUGGGGAUGCGGCGCACUUAACGAACCCCUAUGCGGGCCUCGGGCUCGCGUCCGGCAUUGCCGACGCGUCGUCCCUCGCUGAAGUCCUCGUUCGCGUCCUCGCACAGCGAGCCUCCGAUUCUGAUGCACUCUUCUCUUCGUGGUCGAAUGCGCGGCGGCAGAAGUUCUUUACGGUGAUCGACAAGCCGUCGCGCAUGGCGUAUGCGAGGGUGAAGCAUAGCGUGGAUACGGAGGACGAGAUUGAGGCGUUGCUAGCGAGGGAUCCGAUGGUGGGGGCACUGAAGAAGGGGAUGCCGGUGAUGCCGCCGAGUAUUGAGACAAAUGGAGAAGAGUUGGUGGGGUGGUGAGUUACUUCUAGGAUACCUCAAUGCGUGUAGAGACACCGUAUUUGUGGCUUCAUGGAGCACUGUGCUUCCACACCGGCUUGGUGGAGAGUGGCAGAGGGAGUGUUAGGAUGUUGCUAGAGAGGUCAAGAUCAGAGAAAAACCUGAGACUUCUUAGCUGGCAGACAUCAACCACUGUGUCAUGUUCACCAGGGCAUCCAAAUUGG